AUGGCUACUCUUCUCAAAAGACAACCGGCAGAGUCUGCCAUUCACAGGCGAUAUUCGCAAACGUCAAUCACCCCUUCUCUCCCCGAGUAUGACCUCGGCCACUACGCCAAGCUCCAAUCUCUCUCCACCGCAGUAUCGCAGUCCGAGUCGUCCUCACUACCAGACUACGACGCCCUCGACACAUCGCCUUCCGCCUGCAACGCCGCCUCUGCGGUGACGUCUUUCCACAACACCAGUGCCUUUCAAAUCGAAACCGCCGGCCACCCACUCUUCUACCUGCCGCUGCCACCCAAGGCUGUCCCCAUCCCCGUCUACCGCGUCGAGGUCGACGGCGCCGUCGGCGAGGUCGUCUACGAGUCGCUCCGCAACAAGCGCAGCUCCGGAAACUGCGCGCUGGUCCGCGCCGGCCAUGGCGUCUCUGAGGCACCCGUUUGCAGCACCACCUAUCGCUUCGGCCCGGGCAAGAGCCCACAGAUGCAGCUGCAUGGCCGUCUCGACCCCAACGAGGUCUACGAAGUCCAGUCCAAGGGCCUCACGACCCGCGCCCAGAGUAUCCGCACCCACCUCGGCACCUUUGAGUGGCGCUACGCCAGCCGCGCCGACCGCAAGGCCCUCGGCGCCAACAGCCUGCUGCUUUUUGAGCGCGUCACUACCGUGACGCUGGCAAUCGGCAAGCAGGAGGAGCGGCGCGCCAUUCUCGGCAUGUUUGUCCGCAACCCCGAGCUGCGCACAGAAGGCACACGUGGAUGCACUGCCGGUAACGGUGGCCGUCUACUGUUGAAUCUGACGGAGUGGGCGGAUAGCAAGGUCGAGCAUGAGCAGAUGGAGAUUCUCGCUAUUUCUAGUUGCAUUGUGAUGCUCAAGAAGGAGGUUGAUAGACGUCGCAUCCAGCAAAUAAUGGCGAUGAGUGGCGGUGGCGGCGGUGGUGGUCCCUGA